AUGAAAGACCUAAUUCUUCUCACCCUAUCUAUUUUCCUUCCAGCCGUUGCGUGCCUGAGCGAUGCACUACCUGGGGCUUCAGUGUUCUAUCCCUGCCCAUUCAUCGGUCCAACAUAUCUCCAACCAACCAACCUCAGCAAAGAUCCAACAAUCAAAGCGGCUGCUGGCAAUACUACCGCAGUGCUCCUUGACGCAAUAGCGACCGGGCUCCUCGAAAACCAAACCACGGCAUUCUCUCUCACAGCAUUCUCAACAUCAGAUGAGAAGUCGACUCCGUUCUAUACAUUCCACCAGACACCGCCGAUUCUGGCUGAGGCGCCUCUGGGCGUCAAGAAUGUCACCGGUGAUACAGUCUACCGGGUUGGCUCGUUGUCGAAAGUCCUCACAGUCAAUGCUCAUUUGGUCGCGGAUGGAUUCAAGCACUUUCAAGACCCGAUCAAAUCCACCGUUUGGGACGACAUUACCCUGCAGGCGCUUGCGAGCCAUAUGGGAGGUAUUGGUGUUGAGUAUGGCGCUCUUGACAUUGCAAAGUCACCGUUUCCAUACACAGAGCUCGACAGCCUCCCAAAGGUGCCUCAGCAGCAGCUGCCGCCUUGCGGUGGCCCGCUGGGGAGUCCUCUGUGUACCCGCGAGCAAUUUCUAGAAGGCAUGACAACGAAACACCCGGUAUUUCCGGCUUUCCACAGUCCAUCGUACUCCAACGUAGCAUUUUCGCUACUAACCUAUGCGACUGAGGCAAUUACUGGCAAGAAGUUUCCAGAUAUCUUGCAGAGCAAAGUCUUCUCGCCCCUCAACAUGACACGCUCAUUCUAUGAAAAGCCCUCUGACGAUCUGGGCGUCAUCCCUGGAGAUCCGACCAUUCUCUUUUGGAAUGUCUCGGGCGGUGAGCUAAACCCCGGGGCGGGCUACUAUUCAUCACCGAACGACCUUGCGAUCUUUGGUCGUACAGUAUUAGGAUCGAAACAGCUUACGACAACCCAGACCAGACGCUGGAUGAAACCUGUCUCCCAUACUGCCGAUCCUUUCGCAUCCGUGGGUGCUCCAUGGGAAAUUGCUCGAUACACGUUGCCGACCGACCCAUAUAAAACUAUCGACUUGUAUGCGAAAUCAGGUGCUUUUGGCUAUUACACCGCAUACUUGAUCCUUGUCCCGGAUUAUGGUGUUGGCUUUAGCGUGAACGCUGCCGGAUCGGUCGGGGCGACAGGUCUUCUCGCAAACAUAAUAACGGAAUCCUUCAUUCCAGCACUCCAAGAAGCAUCACGUCUGCAGACUGAAGCAAACUAUGCUGGACAAUAUGUGUCUUCAGACAAAGAGUAUUCGUUCAUAUUGAGCAGCGAUCAAAAUACACCUGGGCUGCACCUCACCAAUUUCACUGGGCCCGAAGACAGCAAUGUCUUCGCCACACUCGCGCUCCUUGCUUCAAAUGGGUCUGCCCCAGCAGCGUAUAACGCCGGCCUCUUUGGCCUGGAGAUCGACCUGCGGCUGUUUCCAACCAUGCUAGAAGACAACAUCAAGGAACACAACGGUACGAAGAGAGUCGGUUUCAGAGCCGCGGCAGGCUUGUCUGAAAGCCUGCCACCAGGACCGUUCACUGCUCCUUGUGGGACAUGGCUGGUUCUCGAUACUGUAGAGCUGGGCGGCAGCAGUUUUGAUGAGUUUACCUUCGACGUCGAUGAGAAAGGGGCCGCAGUUGCUGUAAAUCAUAGGUUUUUGAGGCAGACCUUCACACGGUAUGAUUGA